GAGGGGGCGGUGGCUGCCGGCAGUAGCAGCGGCGGUAGCAGCGGCGAGCCAAGAGGGAGCAUUGCGGACAAUGCCCGGGUGGCCGCCACACUCCUCCUCGCCUUCCCCCGAGGAGCAACCGCAGCAGCCGUCACGCACGCAGGAGCUGCCGCAAUGACAGCCGGUGCAGCAGCCGGGCAGCGGCCGCCGGCGUGAGGGGGGCCGUGGGCGCCAUUGCAAGAUGAACGCCUCCUCCCUGGAUGGCGGCAGCCCCGGGAAUGGGAGUGGAGGCGGCGGGAGCGGCGGGGACAGCAUCGGGAGGCCCUUUUGCCUGCUGGCCACCGGCUACCCAGAGAGCCUGGACAUCUGCCUGCUGGAGGUGACCAUCGUCGUCUUCCUCACGGUCCUCAUCAUCUCGGGCAACUUGGUGGUCAUCUUCGUCUUCCACUGCGCGCCGCUGCUCAACCACCACACCACCAGCUACUUCAUCCAGACCAUGGCCUAUGCCGACCUGCUGGUGGGGGUGAGCUGCCUGGUGCCCUCGCUCUCUCUGCUGCACCACCCCGUGGCCUUCCUGCCCGAGGCCCUGGUCUGCAAGGUCUUCGGCUACGUGGUCUCGGUGCUGAAGAGCGUCUCCAUGACCUCGCUGGCCUGCAUCAGCCUGGACCGCUACAUCGCCAUCACCAAGCCCCUCAGCUACGGCACGCUGGUCACCCCCUGCCGCCUGCGCGCCUGCAUCCUCCUCCUCUGGCUCUACUCGGGCGCCGUCUUCCUGCCGGCUUUCUUCGAGUGGGGGAAGCCCGGCUACCACGGGGACAUCUUCCGGUGGUGCGCCGACUUCUGGGACACCCGGGCCGCCUUCACCCUCUUCAUCGUGGUCAUGCUGUACGCGCCGGCCGCCUUGGUGGUCUGCUUCACCUACUUCAGCAUCUUCCGCAUCUGCCAGCAGCACACGCGGGAGAUCAACGACCGGCGCGUGCGCUUCAGCUCCCAGGAAGGGGAGCCGUCCGAGGGGCAGCCGUGCCCGGACAAGCGCUACGCCAUGGUCCUCCUGCGCAUCACCAGCGUCUUCUACAUCCUCUGGCUCCCCUACAUCGUCUACUUCCUCCUGGAAAGCUCCUCGGUCUACCACAACCGCCUGGCUGCUUUCUUCACCACCUGGCUGGCCAUCAGCAACAGUUUCUGCAACUGCAUCAUCUACAGCUUGUCCAACAGUGUCUUUCAAAAGGGGUUGAAGCAUCUCUCGGGCGCCCUGUGCGUGCCCUGCGCCCGGCACAGGGCAGCCAAGGACUCCUCCGCCUCCCGCAGCAAAAGACCCUCCAACGGCUGCCACGCCUGACGCGCCUUCCCUCCCCCUU